AUGAACGGGACAGAGAAAGAGACAAACCCACAGGUGGUCAAUCAACCUGCUACCCACACUCCCGACGUGCUCGGAGCUCGUGCCGGGACGAUUCCCAACCACGGUUCUCUGCCAGCGCACGGACACAAUCCCUCCUCGCAACAUGGCGUCGAUGCCAAUCCUGACUUGGCUCUCCAUUUCUCGCAUGAGCACCAACAUGGUCACCUUCACCACGGUCCUCGAGCUUCGAUAGCCCAAGAGAAGAACGAGCCUGUUGUCUACGCAACAGGUAGUGAGACGCGCGAUCGCGAUCUCCUCGCAAGACCAUCCCAGGACUAUUCGGCACACAAAUUGCGCAAUGAGAAAGAGGUGGGUAUGACCGAUGCUGAGAAAGGUGUCGUUAGCCCAACCCGUCUUUCCAGCGAAGAGGGUGAUGGCAAGAAACACAGAUUUUCUUCCUUUUACAGGAGGUAUCGAAUUUUCUUCCAUUUAGGCAUAUGGUGCUUGUUCACAGCUUGGUGGAUCGUCGGUCUAUACUACCACCGCUACGACACCCUGGGAUGGCUGAAACCCUUCCUGGUCUACCUUGCGAUCACAUUGCGACUAAUCACUUUCCACAUUUCAGCAAACAAGUAUGUUUUGAGACCUAUGGCCUUCGUGUGGAACAAUACUUGUGUGCGCAUCUAUGACAUGAUCCCGAAGAAAUUGCACCAACCUUUGGCAGCAGCUGGCACUUUCGCCAUAAUCCUGGUAGCAACCUUUGCCUCCUCAGAGUACGAGGACAACACACGGGCAAACAGAGCCGUGUCGCUGUUUGGCCUUAUUGUAAUGAUUGCGUUGCUUUGGGUCACUUCUCGCGAUCGGAAACGCAUUCAGUGGCAUACCGUCAUUGGUGGUAUGCUCUCACAAUUUAUCAUUGCGCUCUUCGUGCUCAGGACUCAAGCCGGCUACGAUAUUUUCAACUUUAUUUCAUACCUUGCUCGACAACUCUUGGGUUUCGCUCAACAGGGCACUGCCUUCCUUACCUCCGAAGAUGUCACACAGCUGCCAUACUUCUUGAUUGGUGUCAUUCCACCCAUCAUCUUCUUCGUCGCCCUUGUCCAGCUCCUCUACUAUAGUGGUUUGCUGCAGUGGUUUGUCGUCAAAUUCGCGACUUUCUUCUACUGGUCUCUUCGUGUUUCCGGUGCUGAAGCCGUUGUCGCGUCAGCAACUCCGUUCAUUGGUCAAGGUGAAUCUGCCAUGCUGGUCCGACCUUUCGUACCACAUCUCACUCUUGCCGAAAUCCAUCAAGUGAUGACUUGUGGUUUCGCAACAAUUGCUGGAUCCGUCUUGGUCGCUUACAUCGGUCUUGGUCUCAGCCCUCAGGCUCUGGUAUCUUCCUGCAUCAUGUCCAUUCCCGCCUCGUUGGCCGUUUCAAAGAUGAGAUAUCCAGAGACUGAAGAGACUAUUACGUCCGGCCGAGUCGUUGUUCCAGAUGAUGACGAGCACAAGGCUGCCAACGCGCUCCAUGCUUUUGCAAAUGGUGCUUGGUUAGGUAUCAAGAUUGCUGGUAUGAUUAUCGCUACUUUGCUCUGCAUCAUCGCUCUUGUCGGCCUUAUCAAUGCUCUUCUUGGUUGGUGGGGUCGCUUCUUCAACAUUGAGGAGCCACGACUUACACUGCAACUCAUUCUGGGCUAUAUCUGCUAUCCGGUCGCUUUCUUGCUCGGUGUACCUCGACAGGAUCUUCGCGCCGUCGGUGAGCUCAUUGGUGUCAAGGUCAUCAUUAACGAGUUCGUGGCUUUUACCACCCUCCAAUCGGACGCAUACAGUGGUCUCAGCCCUCGAUCUCGACUCAUUGCUACGUAUGCCAUUUGUGGGUUUGGUAAUCUCGGUUCGCUCGGUACUCAAAUCGGUGUGCUUUCUCAGAUUGCACCAAGUCGAUCUGGUGAUGUCGCGAAAGUCGCUCUGUCAGCGCUCUUCUCUGGUGUUGUCUCGACACUCAGUUCCGCAGCUGUUGCUGGUCUGAUUGUCCAGGCUCAGGGUCAAGCACUGAUCGCAUCCUAA